UGCACUGAGGUCAAUGACCAACACCAGGAAAUAAAUCUGACGGCUCAUCAUCAAGUGAUCAACAAGAUUCUCGGCCAGCCCGCUAAAGAUAUUGAUGGUGCAGUCUUUUGGGUUGUUGAUGGGUACGUGUCCAGAGCCAGAUGCAUGUAUCUGUUGCAUUAAAGGACUGCCAAUUGUGGGCCGGUGAUCCAAAGAACCAUGGAUGCACAAUCUGAAGCAGCCUACCAACGGCCUGAUGACCCUACCACGAUGUAACAAUCUGAAGCAGCCUACCAACAGACUGAUGUCCCCAGCACAAUGCAACAAUAUGAAGCAGCCUGCCAACGGACUGAUGUCCCCACCACGAUGCAACAAUCUGCAGGAGCUUGCCAAUGGCCUGAUGUCCCUACCACGAUGCAACAAUCUGAAGCAGCCUACCAACAGACUGAUGUCCCCACCACAAUGCAACAAUAUGAAGCAGCCUGCCAACGGACUGAUGUCCCCACCACGAUGCAACAAUCUGCAGCAGCCUGCCAAUGGACUAAUGUCCCCACCACGAUGCAACAAUCUGCAGCAGCCUACCAAUGGCCUGAUGUCCCUACCACGAUGCAACAAUCUGCAGCAGCCUGCCAAUGGACUAAUGUCCCCACCACGAUGCAACAAUCUGCAGCAGCCUGCCAAUGGACUAAUGUCCCCACCACGAUGCAACAAUCUGCAGCAGCCUGCCAAUGGACUAAUGUCCCCACCACGAUGCAACAAUCUGAAGCAGCCUGCCAAUGGCCUGAUGUCCCUACCACGAUGCAACAAUCUGAAGCAGCCUACCAACAGACUGAUGUCCCCAGCACAUUGCAACAAUAUGAAGCAGCCUGCCAACGGACUGAUGUCCCCACCACGAUGCAACAAUCUGCAGCAGCCUGCCAAUGGACUAAUGUCCCCACCACGAUGCAACAAUCUGCAGCAGCCUGCCAAUGGACUAAUGUCCAAACCACGAUGCAACAAUCUGCAGCAGCCUACCAAGCGACUUAUGUCCCUUCCAUGAUGCAACAAUCUGCAGCAGCCAGCCAACGGACUUAUGUCACAACCACGAUGCAACAAUCUGCAGCAGCCUUCCAACGGCCUUAUGUCCCUACCACGAUGCAACAAUCUGCACCAGCCUACCAAUGGCCUUAUGUCCCUUCCAUGAUGCAACAAUCUGCAGCAGCCUACCAACAGACUUAUAGCCCAACCAUGAUGCAACAAUCUGCAGCAGCCUACCAACGGCCUAAUGUCCCCACCACAAUGCAACAAUCUGAAGCAGCAUACCAACGGACUGAUGUCCCUACCACGAUGCAACAAUCUGCAGCAGCCUACCAACGAACUAAUGUCCCAACCACGAUGCAACAAUCUGCAGCAGCUUACCAACGGACUUUGGUCCCCACCACAAUGCAACAAUCUGCAGCAGCCUACCAACGGACUAAUGUCCCUACCAUGAUGCAACAAUCUGCAGCAGCCAGCCAACGGACUGAUGUCCCAACCAUGAUGCAACAAUCUGCAGUAGCCUACCAACAGACUAAUGUCCCCACCACGAUGCAACAAUCUGCAGCAGCCUACCAACGGACUUAUGUCCCAACCAUCAUGAAACAAUCUGCAGCAGCCUACCAACAGACUUUUGUCCCGACCACGAUGCAACUUUCUGCAGCAGCCUACCAAGCGACUAAUGUCCCCACCACGAUGCAACAAUCUGCCGCAGCCUACCAACGGACUAAUGUCCCUUCCAUGACGCAACAAUCUGAAGCAGCCUACCUGCGGACUUAUGUCUCCACCACAAUGCAACAAUAUGAAGCAGCCUGCCAACGGCCUGAUGUCCCCACCACAAUGCCACAAUCUGCAGCAGUUUACCAACGGACUAAUGUCCCUACCACAAUGCAACAAUCUGCAGCAGCCAGCCAACGGACUGAUGUUCCCACCAUGAUGCAACAAUCUGCAGCAGCCUACCAACGGACUGAUGUCCCCACCACGAUGCCACAAUCUGCAGCAGCUUUCCAACGGACUAAUGUCCCUUCCAUGAUGCAACAACCUGAAGCAGCCUACCAACAGACUAAUUUCCCUUCCAUGAUGCAACAAUCUGCAACAGCCUACCAACGGACUAAUGUCCCUUCCAUGAUGCAACAAUCUGAAGCAGCCUACCAACAGACUAAUGUCCCUUCCAUGAUGCAACAAUCUGCAGCAGCCUACCAACGGUCUAAUGUCCCUACCACAAUGCAACAAUCUGCAGCAGCCUACCAACGGUCUAAUGUCCCUUCCAUGAUGCAACAACCUGCAGCAGCCUACCAACGGACUAAUGUCCCUUCCAUGAUGCAACAAUCUGGAGCAGCCUACCAACGGACUAAUGUCCCUACCACAAUGCAACAAUCUGCAGCAGCCUACCAACGGUCUAAUGUCCCUUCCAUGAUGCAACAACCUGCAGCAGCCUACCAACAGACCAAUGUCCCUUCCAUGAUGCAACAAUCUGAAGCAGCCAGCCAACGGACUGAUGUCCUCACCACGAUGGAACAAUCUGCAGCAGCCUACCAACGGACUAAUGUUCCUUCCAUGAUGCAACAAUCUGGAGCAGCCUACCAAUGGACUAAUGUCCCCACCACGAUGCCACAAUCUGCAGCAGCCUACCGAGGGACUAAUGUCCCUUCCAUGAUGCAACAAUCUGAAGCAGCCUACCAACGGACGAAUGUCCCUACCACGAUGCAACAGGAGGCUCAGGUACCUGCUGCAUUAGAUUCCCCACAACGAAGUGGAACCAUCGGAAACAGCGGCACAAUCAGUGGCAGCAACAACCCUAUCAUUGUUGGUUCAAGUGCAGUUAAUAUUAAUAAUUACAACUUCCCGUUGGAGGGACCAGAUAAUGCACAUGCAUCACACCACUCUGGUCAUCCAUCAGUUGACAUAUCAGAGAAUCCACCAAGUACAUCACAGCAACCACCAACACGGCAUGUGGCCUCAGGUGCACAAGGACGCAGCGCCCCCAAAAAGAUGAAGCUUGACAGUCCCGCCCAAGAUGCUGCUGAUUGCUGUGAAGGUGAACUGAAGUCAUACUACAGGAGGAAAGGUAGCUUUGUAAAAUUGAUUCCAUGGGAGGGUGAUGACAGGAAACACAUUACGGAAAUCUACACAAAGUUGCAGUUAAUACUUGGUAAGGACAAAGUGAAGAAGCUGGCAUCAUAUGAUGAUAUAUUACAACUUGAGACAGAAGAGGGAGAUCUGAUCCUUAUAGCUGUUUUAACUGGGGAGGCUGGUAGAGGAAAAACCACACUUUUUAAGAAAAUGGCAUAUGAUUGGGCAGUUGGUUCUAGUCAGGUACUACAGAAGUAUAAACUUGUCUUCCUGUUGCAAAUGCACGCACUGGAGCAGAGUUCAGAUCUUGUUGACGCAGUUUUUGACCAACUCUUGGCUAAAGAAAGUAUUGAUAGAGGUGUCCUGGACAUGUUUAUCAAGAAGAGUCCUGGAAAAGUCCUUGUUUUACUAGAUGGCUUUGAUGAGCUCAUGACCACCACCUUGUGUGAAUCCUCAUUUGGUUCCAUCCUGGAGAUCCUUAAUGGAAAGACGUUGAGGGGUUGUACUGUACUUGUAAGCACCCGCCCCUCACACUUUCACAGACUUAUUUCAGAGGAACUGGUUCAGGAACCAUUCACACAUGUCAAGGUCCUGGGUUUCAGUAAAGACGAUGUCACUGAGUAUGUUACUAAUUUUUUCACUAGUGAACCUGACAAGGCCAAGGGGCUUCUUGAAAAGAUUGAAUCGUCACACCUUCUGUCUAGUUUAUCUGAAAGUCCAAUGCUUGUUCUUUUGAUGUGUGUACUAUGGAGAGAAGAUUGCACACUCCCAGAAACAAUGUCACGUCUGUAUCAUGAUGGAUUUUCAUAUAUCUUCCAAAGAAAAGGAUUGGACUCGCAAGAUGAAGUAGCAAAAGUUGUGAUUGAAAUUGGCAAAGUUGCACUGCAUGGUCUUCUUUUUCGACAUCAGUCACUCUCUUUCAAAGAAAGUGACUUUGAGCCGAGUGUGCUUGAGCUGGCUCUGAAGGCAGGUAUUCUGACCAGACAGAGAGUGCGCAAGAGACUGCAGAGUCACAACUGUAUUCAGUUUAUUCACAAGACAUUCCAGGAAUUCUCUGCUGCUGCUUACUUGCAAAGCUUGUUAGAAACAGACCCAAAGGAAUUUCAGAAGAUUUUGAAUAAAAUUGUGACAAAGGGUGCAAGGAGGUUUGAGUAUCUUCUGCGCUUUUGUUGUGGUGACAAUGAGGCAUGUACGUAUGAGAUUCUGAAGGUAUUUCAGGUGAGGUGUGGGGAGGAGUUGUCAUUCAAAUCAAAGAUGGGUCAGUUGGCACUUCAUUGUUACUUUGAAGGUCAAUCCAAACGUUUGCCUCCAGAGGAAUUCAUACAUUCAUUCAUAUCAGAUGAAUUUUGCAUUCCUGGUCUUCACAAUAACAGGGAUAGUCUGAACUCAGUCAUAUACUUUUUGAAAUGUGUUGCUGAACAGACAAAAGACAGUGGCAACAAAUACCUUGCUAAUGUACAUACAUUGCAUAUACACCAUUGUAGAUGGACAUGGUUUAUUGAGGAGUUAGCUGUUACCAUGUGUGCAAUGACAAAUCUUCUUCUUGUAGAUUUCAAGAACAAUGCAGAUACUGGUAAGUUGCUCAGGCAUCUACCCAACUUGGUACCUAAAUUGGAUCUUUCUGGUAAUAACCUGGGUGGUACAGCAGCAUUGUGGUGCAUGCAUUUGAAGCAGUUGAAGUCUCUUACAAAGCUGGGCUUGGGUAACUGCUCAUUGAAUGGACAGGACAUCAAACAUGUUGCUGAGUCACUCAGGGAUCUACCCAACUUGGUUGAAUUGAAUCUUUCUUAUAAUGACCUGGGUGGUACAGCAGCAUUAUGGUGCAUGCAUUUGAAGCAGUUGAAGUCCCUUACAAAGCUGGCCUUGGUUCACUGCUCAUUGAUUGGACAGGACAUCAAACAAAUUGCUGAAUCACUCAGGGAUCUACCCAACUUGGUUGAAUUGAAUCUUGCUCAUAAUAAGCUGUGUGGUACAGCAGCAUUGUGGUGCAUGCAUUUGAAGCAGUUGAAGUCCCUUACAAAGCUGAGCUUGGUUUACUGCUCAUUGAAUGGACAUCACAUCAACCAUGUUGCUGAAUCACUCAGGGAUCUACCCAACUUGGGUGAAUUGAAUCUUUCUGGUAAUAACCUGGGUGGUACAGCAGCAUUAUGGUGCAUGCAUUUGAAGCAGUUGAAGUCCCUUACAAAGCUGAGCUUGGUUUACUGCUCAUUGAAUGGACAUCACAUCAAACAUGUUGCUGAGUCACUCAGGGAUCUACCCAACUUGGGUGAAUUGAAUCUUUCUGGUAAUAACCUGGGUGGUACAGCAGCAUUAUGGUGCAUGCAUCUAAACCAGUUGAAGUCCCUCAGAAAGCUGGACUUGGGUGGCUGCUCAUUGAAUGGACAGGACAUCAAACAUGUUGCUGAGUCACUCAGGGAUCUACCCAACUUGGUUGAAUUGGAUCUUUCUCGUAUUAAACUUGGUGGUACAGCAGCAUUAUGGUGCAUGCAUUUGAAGCAGUUGAAGUCCCUCACAAAGCUGGACUUGUUUGAUUGCUCAUUGAAUGGACAGGACAUCAAACAUGUUGCUGAGUCACUCAGGGAUCUACCCAACUUGGUUGAAUUGGAUCUUGCUCAUAAUAACCUGGGUGGUACAGCAGCAUUAUGGUGCAUGCAUCUUAACCAGUUGAAGUCCCUCAGAAAGCUGGACUUGGGUGGCUGCUCAUUGAAUGGACAGGACAUCAAACAUGUUGCUGAGUCACUCAGGGAUCUACCCAACUUGGUUGAAUUGGAUCUUUCUCGUAUUAAACUUGGUGGUACAGCAGCAUUGUGGUGCAUGGAGGUAAAGCAGCUGCUGCACCUUCAGAGGCUGGGCCUCAGCACCUGUCAACUGACAGAGGAAGACAAGAACCAUAUUGAUGAGUCACUCAGUGACCUGAAGAAGAAUGGAUUAGUCAUUAGGACAUAAAUUUCACUGAUUUAAAUCACGAUUUAAAUCAUACAAUUUUGUUUAAAA